AUGCCGCGCAGCGCGGCCGUGGCGGCGUUGCUGCAGCUGGCCGUGGUGUGUUCGCUCGCCGUGUCGGUCCAGCACGCGCCCAGCGAAGGUGGUGGACUGAUGGGCAACCCCGCGGACAUCGAGAAUGUGGAGACUGGUACGACAUGGUUUUCAGUGCGGAUCAAGGUGCCGACGGGGGAGUCAGCCUCGAAGGAGCCCCAGGCGAAGCUCAUGGGCUGGCAGCUGGGCAGCGAGCAGGGGAGCCCGGUCCAGGUCCUGAAGAUCCGUAGCCAAGGCAUCGUAGCUCGCCACAACGCCGGCGGCGGGGAGAGGCCGAUCCUUGCUGGGGACGAGCUGGUCGAGGUGAACGGCGUCAAGUGGAGCGGGGACACCCGUGCCUUCGAGGCUCUACUCGGCCAUGAGAUCCAGGCCGCGCUGAAGUCGAAGGAGAAGGCCCCGCUCCUGCGCCUCACCGUGCAGAGGCGGCCGGGGGCCGCCGCCGCGGGCGGGGAGGCGAGGGGGCCGAGCCGCGCAGGGAGGGCCGCGGCAGCCGUGGGCACGCAGGAGAAGAGGAAGGAGACCCGCGGAGAGAAGGCCUCGGGCUCCGCAGAUCUCCUCGAGAAGAAGGAGAGCCGCGAGCGGAGGGCCUCGGGUUCCGCAGGCGCGCAGGUUGACAGAGACACCUCGAACGUUGAGGGGCUCAUUGCCGCGUGGAACAGCCUCCACCAGGAGCAGCCGAUCGAGCUGAACCACGAGGCUCUCCACGAGUUCAUGGCAAAGCAGCACGGGAAGCACUGA